AUGGUGGGAUCUUCGGUGGGUCCAUGGCGUGGUGAAGUGGAUGGAGAGUCGUGGUUUUUCACUUCACCCUAUUCGUCUGAUAUGUGGGAUUCGUCUUCCUACGGCGGGGGUCAAAAUGGUGUGCAUGGUAGUGAUGAAGCAACUGCUAUUGCUCAUGCCCACGUCAACUGGCGCGAAACCCCCCGCGCUUAUCUCUUUCAUGCCGAACUUCCUGAGGCGAGGAAAGAGGACGUGAAGGUGGAGGUGAAAGAUAACUUACUCAAGAUACGCGGGCAGAGGACGGUGGAGAGAGAGGAGAGGUGUACGGGGCACCGCAUUGAGAGACGAUGCGGCAGUUUUGUGAGACUCUUCAGGCUCCCUGAGAAUAUUAACCUGGAUGAGAUCAAGUGUGGUAUUGAGCAUGGAUUGCUUACCGUGAUUGUUCCAAAGGAGGAGGAGGUGGAGCAGCAAAGAACUCGAACGAAUGUUAGAAUCAGUGGCGGAACCAGGAUUUUGAUUUACCCUAGGCUGAACUUAAAAGUGGCGGGGAGGAUUUACAUACGGCUCCAGUAA